AUGACGAGGCUCUACCAGCCCAGCCAGAACUGGCCGGCUUGCACGCUCAGCUACCGUCACUUCCACCUGCUGUGGACGCUCCCGCUCUGCGCUGUGCUCUUCCUCGUCGCUCGGCCCUUCCUCACCAAGCUGGACCGCGCCAAGCUCAUCCUGCUGCCCAUCAUUGCAUUCGUGUGGACGACACCCUGGGACAACCUCAUCGUCAAGAAUCGUGCGUGGUUCUACCAUCGACACUGCAUCUGGUUCACCAUCGGCUAUGUACCCGUCGAGGAGUACUUUUUCUUCAUCAUUCAGAGCCUCCUCUCGACUCUGUGGUGCACACUGCUCACGCGCUGGGCCUUACCCAAUCUUUAUGUUGUGCCUUCGUCCUCGAAUCGAACCCGGCUCGCUACGCCGGCGGUGGUGGUUUGCCUGCUGUGCUUUGUGGGCGGUCUCAAGGUCGCAGUGCCAGAGACGCACUCGUACUACUUUGGGAUGAUUACCUGGUGGGCCUCGUUGCCUCUUGCGCUUUUGCUAUGGGGUUCCAUCGACUUUGUGCGCAACAUGGGAGUUCGUGCUGGUCUUGUUCCUUUCGCACUGUCCGUUCUGGCACCCACUGUCUACCUGUGGUGCUCAGACAUCUACGCUCUGCGCAGAGGAACGUGGCACAUCAACGAGGCCACAUCGCUCAACAUCUUUCCCAUCCCUGACCUGCCGAUCGAGGAAAUGCUCUUCUUCCUCGUCACCAACCUCAUCCUUGUCAGCGCCUGCUUCACUUUUGACCGAUGCGUCGCCAUCUGCAGGCAAUCCGUCUCGGACGACACUCCUCCACUCUCCCCCAGCUACCUGCCGCUCGGCUCGUUGGACACCUACACCAAGCUGUGGGCUGCGUUUGUGCGCUCGGAUCGUCGUUCCGUUGCUGCUGGAACUAGUACCGCAUCGGCCAGCGUAGAGCCACGCGAUCUGGCUGCCUCGCUUCAAGUGCUGCGCGCCGCAUCCAAGUCGUUCAGUGCUGCGAGCUUGCUGUUGCCGUGGGACCUGCGAACCGAUCUGGGCUGUCUUUACGCCUUCUGUCGCGUGGCGGACGAUCUGGUCGACGACGACGCCCGGGGUUUGGAAGCCAAGUCGACUAACCUGGAUGUGAUCAGAGCCAUCGUCGACGCCAUCUACGCAGACUCGCACGGCGGAGGGGCGGAAAAGAAACAGCAGGAGCCGGUCAGCGAGCGCAUCGCCGUCUUGCUAGCGCCUGUAGCACUGCCGGACAAGAUCAAGCAGGACACGCGUGCCGCCGCGGCAUCCAUCGCACCGCUCACGCGCUACAUCCCGCGACGGCUCUGGUACGAGAUGCUGCAAGGCUACAGCAUGGAUUUACUGUUUGAGCAUCCGGAUGCGCAGAGGCGCACGCGGUUGGAGAGUAUGGAUGAUCUGGUCGAGUAUUCGCAGUGUGUGGCGGGCGUGGUGGGCGAGAUGUGUACGCGCGUGAUUCUGGGGCGGUGCGGGGCGGUAGUUCCGUUGGACCUGCAGGUGGACAGGAAGAUUACGUUACGGACAACGAAAGCGGGAGUGGCCAAGAAGCGGGAGGUGAGUGGGCGGACGUUAGAUCUGAAGCAGGCCGAGGACGUGCAUGCGUUGCUGUACGAGGCGAGACGCAUGGGUGUCAGUCUGCAGCUUGUCAACAUUGCGCGCGACAUCGUGCCGGAUUCCGUGGAGCUGCGUCGCUGCUAUCUGCCCACCGACGUGUUUGACAAGGAAGACGCCGGGAUGCAGGACGCUCUGCUCACCGGCAGAAUCAACGUUCCCAAGCAGAAGAGUCCGGAUGCGAAGACGGCGUUGGUGCAACCACAGGAUGUGCGCAAGUACGCUCUGCGUCUGCUCCACAUCUCUAAGGGCCUGUACGACCACUCAUACCCGGCUUUGGCGCAGAUCCCAAACCGACCCGCGCGAGCGGGGCUGAAGGCCGCUUGCUCCGUAUACGCCGCUAUCGGCACGCGCAUCGAGGCUCAGACGCAAGGCGACAUCGCCAAGGGCACCAGAGCCCGCAUGUCCAACGCGGACCGCAUACUGCGCGCCAUCUCUGCCGUCUAUCUUGGCAUCUAA